AUGGCUUUUCCCAACCCCGAGCAACAGAUCAUUACUCUCCAAACUGGGGAUGGCCAGAUAAUCAACGUAUCUCUUCCGGAAAUCGAGGAGUUCGUCCAGUACAACAUCAAAACAUGCAUCGACUAUGGAGCCCAGCUAGGCGCAACAGUCGUGCUUUUAGUAAUUUUGAUUCUUUUGACUCGUCGUGACAAGCGUCGCUCGACGAUCUUCAUUCUCAAUGGAUUAGCUCUGCUCUUCAACUUCCUUCGCCUGCUCUUCCAGUGCAUCCACUACACCACUGGGUUUGAGAGAAUCUAUCCCUAUUUCUCAUUCGACUAUUCCGAGGUCAAGACCCGAGCAUACGCAAUUUCGAUCGUUGCGACCAUCUUUGAAAGCCUUGUCGUUGUGUGUUUCGAGUGUUCGCUGGUGCUCCAAGUUCAUGUGGUGUGCGCAACCUUGCGUCGCCGUUACCGCCGGGUCCUAUUUGUGGCUUCCAUAUUAAUGGCCCUGGUAGCGAUCGGGUUCCGCAUGGGCUUUAUGGUAAUGAACUGCAUUGAAAUUAUCAACCUCUCGUCCUUCAGUGGUAUUCAGUGGCUGGAGAGUGCUUCGACAAUUGUCAUCACAAUCAGCAUCUGCUUCUUCUGCACUGUUUUUGUCACAAAGUUAGGCUUUGCAAUUCGACAACGGACUCGGCUCGGGAUCCGAGACUUUGGUCCCAUGAAAGCUAUCUUUGUCUGUGGAUGUCAGACUCUCAUUAUUCCGACUGUAUUCACCAUCGUCCAAUACUUUACGGUCACUCCUGAAUUAUCCUCCAAUGUCCUAACUCUUGUUGCAAUCUCUCUUCCACUCUCCUCUAUCUGGGCUGGCGCUACUCUCGAAUCUCGUCGUGUUGAAUCGGUUCCUGCACGCCGUCAAAAUCUGUGGCAUGCACUUGCCCUGAAUGGAGCCAGUCUCAACCAGACCAAGCAAACUGCGACGCAAAUCACCGGCAGCACUGCCGCACAGACAUUGUGCUAUGUGGAGCCAAGUGCAUCCAAGCAAUCCCAUGACUCUGACAUUCCCCUCGGAAUCUCCGUGGAACAUGAUAUCUCCGUCAGCAGUGUUCAUAGAAACGAUUCGAUUGUUUGA